CGCCCACCUUCCGGGGUGCGAGCCAGGGCGGAGCCGAGGGCGGUGCGCGCGCCGAGGGGCGGGGACGCGGCUAAUGUUCUUCCUCCUUCUCUUCCCGCCUCCCGCCUCCUUUCGCUCCCCCUACAGGCGUGGUAGGGGCAGCCGGGCCGAGGGACCAGUGACAGAAAGCAGCGGAGCGGCAUGAGGGAUUGGACUGUGCACUCUGCUGGAGAAUUUUCUGAGAGGAAACUUAUUCCUCAGAAAGACAUUUGAAGUAAGCUUCAGGAUGGUGAAAAAAGAGCCCCCGAGUAUCUCAAAGGACUUAGAAGAGUUACAGAGGAAGCUGUCUUUGCUGGCGGAGUCCAUCAAGAAUAACUCAAAGGUGGUGUCCUUCAUGAAGUCUCCAGUGGCUCAGUACUUGGACAGACAUCCUUUCCUGACCCUCACCUUGCUAGUAUUCAUUGUUAUGUCAGCCCUUCCUGUUGGGUUCUUCCUCUUCUUCGUGGUGUUGACCUUCUUAGCUGCUCUUGUGGGAGUCAUAUUACUGGAAGGACUGGUCAUCUCUGUGGGUGGCCUCUCACUGCUCUGUGUCCUCUGUGGCUUGGGCUUCGUGUCGCUCAUUGUGUCAGGGGCAGCCAUAAUGUCCUACGUGGUGAUUUCCAGCCUCAUCGGGUUCUGGUUUUCUCCCAGCUGUCAACAACCGAUCUGAAGAUAGGGACCUGAGUCCCAAUCUGCCGUUUUCCAGUGGUGUGACCUGGAACAAACCACUAAACUUCUUCCUGUUGGCAAAAUGAAGCUACUUCUCGCUCUGCUUUCUCAUUGGGUUGUGAAGAUACUAAUGACUGUGGAAACACAAAAUAUCCAUAUCAGAACAGGGGGAAUGAGCCAUAAGCCUGUUCCUAACCCAGUCAUUUUAACCUUCUGUGGCCUCAGUUCCCUCAUCUGUAACAUUGGUGUUACCCCCCAAAAUACUGUGGUUGCAAGAAGCAGCUGGAAACAAAGCCACAAAGAAUGUUGUACAUUCAGCUCUGUCUGCUCUCAAGAGGCCCCAGAGCUAACCGUCUCCUCUUGUUGCU